CCUUCAAUAACAGAUUAAUAGCAAGCAAAAUACACAACAGACUCUCCAACAUGAAGAAAUCCGUUAUUUUCAGCUUCCUCUUGUUUUCAACUACGCUCUCUUUGGUUCCCUUUGUAGCCUUUUCAUCAACUUUCACUUCCGAAAAUCCCAUUAUCCUGCCCACUACUACUGCUGACAAUUGCCAGCUCCCUGCCUCUACACUUCCUGAAGUGCUGGACAUAAACGGCGAACCCCUCCACGUCAGCCAAGAGUACCAGAUUCUAUCCCUUAACCCGGGAGCUGAGUGCGGGGUCGUAGACUCAGCCAAAAUCGGAAACGCCAAAUGCCCAAACGCCGUUGUCCUGCAAGGCGGGGACGCUAAACUAGGCCUGCCCGUUAAAUUCUUUUUGAGUCAUGGUCCGAGGAACCCAAACGAUGUUGUGCGUGAAAGAAAUCAGAUUAAUAUUAUGUUCUCGAUUCCAAGCACACCGCACUGUGGUGACAGAACUUUUUGGAUGGUUGGUGAUCCCGAUAAGACUGCAGGGGGGCUUAGGUUCGUGGAAACUAGACGUGUCGUAAAAGCUCCACACGACGAUUUCACGAUUGAAAAAUUAACUAAGAAAUCACCGUUUUACAAGAUAAGGCAUUGUCCUAGCCAAUCUAUUUGUUCAGAUGUGGGCUUGACACACCAUGGGGGACGCAGGCGUCUGGCUCUUACUAAACAGCCUUUAAUGGUUGUCUUCAAGAGAGUCCAGAAGAGUACAACUAAUGGAUAAUUAAUUAUGCUUAACCUGGCUUUCGAAAUUAUGUGAAAUUCGAUAUUUCGCUCUAUGUAAAUGUAAUUCUUAUGAAGCAUAUUAUAUGAAUAAAGAAGCUAGGAUCUAAACAUAUUAA